AUGAAGACACUCCUCCUCGAGCCGGUAGCUGCUGUGGACCCAGAUGAAGCGAUGGAGGGGACCAAUGUUGCCUUGACUGACGAACUACUCCACGAAGUGGAGACCCUCUCGGCGAUUCGCCACCCAGACUUGGUCCUCUUUCUCGGAGCCUGCCUGGACAUGUCCGGCCCGCUGGCCUGCGUCAUGGAAUACAUGCCAGGCGGCGAUUUGGAGAACUUCUUUAAGCUCAAGCGGCAGAAGCAUCAGGUACCUGACUGGCAUCCCAAUGUGGCUCGGGUGGCUCAGUGGGCAUGUGCGGUGGCACGUGCGCUGAGCUUCCUUCACGAGCGGACGGAGCCGAUCGUUCAUCGGGAUCUUAAGCCGAUGAACCUCCUCUUGACCAAGCACCUGGAUGUGAAGGUGGCCGAUCUUGGCAUUAGCCGGGUCCUGGAAGCGGCGUCUGCCCGCGACGGCUACACCAUGACCGGGGGCGUUGGGACCCUGCGCUACAUGGCUCCGGAGGUCGUGCGCCAGGAGCAGUACUGCGAAAAAGCCGACAUCUACGCCUUUGCCCUCAUCCUGUAUUUCUUGAGCUCCGGUCGUCAGCCUUUCCACCACAUGAGCGCUGAUCCGGACGUCAUCCUAAAGGACUUCCUCGCAGGAAAGGAGCCGAGACCUUGCAUCGCCGAGUGUCAGCCGAAACUCCGGCGGCUCGUCGAGGCAUCGUGGCACAUCGAGCAAACAUCGCGCCCCUCUGCCCAGGCAAUGCUCAACGAGCUGGAGAAGCUGGAGGAGGAGGGUAAGCCUGCAUGUUUGUGCCCACAAAUGUAG